AUGGCGAGUGGAAAUAGACGACGCAAAAGAGAAUAUAUAUAUGGAGGGAAAGGCCGAAUGAACCAAACAGAAAGGGGGUGGGACGUUUCAGUUUUCCAAAGUGGGGCCCAGAUAAUCGAAAACGAUAAAUUCAGGGUGAUCAGUCCGGUUGAUCAAUCCGGUACUGAGGCUACCAUGAGAAAAGAUCUUGUUUAUGUUCGAGCUCGAUCAGAAUCUCCCAUGAUAAGUGAUGGAUGCCAAUGGAGAAAAUACGGACAAAAGAUGGCGAAAGGAAACCCCUGUCUUCGAGCUUAUUAUCGGUGUACGAUGGCAGUUUGUUGUCCGGUCCGAAAACAAGUUCAACGAUGCGCGGAAGAUCGAACAAUCUUGAUAACAACUUACGAAGGGAACCAUAACCACCUACUUCCUCCAGCUGCGGUGGCGACGGCAUCGAAAAUGAAGGCGGCGGCCACCAUGUUACUCUCGGGUUCAAUGCCUAGUGCCGAUGGUAUCAUGAACCCAAAUUUGCUCGCAAGAGCUAUGCUUCCAUGUUCUUCAAUGGCGACGGUUUCGGCUUCGGCUCCAUUCCCGACCGUAACACUGGACCUUACUCACUCACCGAACGAUCUACAAGGCCAAAAACCGAAUACACAAUCGCCUCAAGUACUUUCUGGUCAAGCAUUUUAUAAUCAAUCAAAGUUCUCAGGCCUACAGCUGUCUCAGGACAUGGUGUCUUCUACUCAAUUGCAGCAGCCUCAGUUAGCCGACACGGUGAGUACUGCCACGGUGGCUAUGGCGAAUGACCCGAACUUAACUGCCGCCCUUGCGGCCGCUCUUACCUCCAUCAUCGGUGCUGCUCACCCAAAUAGUAGCGGCAACACUCCCAAUGGCACAAACAGCAGACACUAA